AUGUUCAGCUUCGUCUCACCUUCCACCCCCUUACCCCAACAUCGAGGGCCUAUCCGUCUUGGAUCACCUGUCUCCUCAUCCUCAUCCGGCAGAAAACGAAGAAUCAUGUCUAUGCAAUGUAACAGGCUCACAGCGUUUCUGCUGUUGGGAUUUGGCAUAACGUUGUUCUUGACUCAUACGGUCAUAGAGCAAACUACCGGUCAAUCAAGUAUCCAGCAUAUAAGCAAACUUAGUAAAUAUCUACCUUCCAAAACUGCCAACAGGUGGGCAGAUCUGUAUGUAGCAGAAGCAAAUUUCCCAGAAACCACCUAUAUGAGUGGAGUAGCUGGAUUCAAUUAUUUCCAUAACCUAUAUUUCGCAAAUGGUACAUUCCUAAUAGUCACUUCGGACCCUACUACUCUCCCAUCAUACGGGAUCAACGGGAUAUUAUCAGGAUUACAAGAUCCAACUGAUAAAUGGCAUAAUCACUUGGCAGCAGAAGAAGAUCGAAUCAUGAUUGUUUCACCUACCGAAGCGAAAGAGAGGAUGUUAUUGGGUAAAGCGGCAAUCAGAAAAUCAGGUGUUAGUAUGAUGUUUAAUGAUAUAAGAGAAGGAAGUCAAAGUUCAUUCUUGAAUCAUUAUUAUCAUUUUAUCGGUGAGAUGUUUUUGGGUUUGUGGAGGGUCGUCACUGCUGCUGGGGAGAUUGAGUUGCCUUCGAGGUUGAUUUACAAGGCUCUAUCACCUGAUUGGAGAGACCACGCUGGUAUCACAACAUGGUUCCAACAAGCUGUACUUCCCGAAGCUGAAAUUGAAGAAGCUACAAUUUACGAAGAUAGAAGGAAGAGCGGCGUUACUUUCUUAUUCGACAAAAUCGCUAUUGCUGAUCGAUGGGCAGCUCACCGAGCAGGUCAGGAAGUCAAAUUCUGGAACAAAGCCAAUGCGGACUUACCUUCCCUUGCCGUACCCUUGACGUGGAUGAACCCCCUGAGGGAUCAGAUUAAGAGAUUGGCUUUAGCGGAAGGGUGCGAGAUGAACAGGAAGAACUCUAAAGUCCCUAUUGUAUUAUACAUCAACCGUCAAUUGACCACUAGGAGACUGAUCGACGAGGAUGAAGAAGAACUGGUCGAUGAGAUGGAGAAACUGGCCGAUGAAGGGGUGAUUGAGUUCUAUAAUGAAUUCAUGGAGAAAUUACCUAGAGUCGACCAAUUCUGUCUAGCUAUGAAGAGUGAUGUUAUGUUCGCUGUUCACGGUAACGGACUAUCCCAUCAAUUAUGGAUGAAACCAGGUUCAGCCGUGAUGGAAAUCAUGCCUGUGACAGGGUUCGCAAGGGAUUAUGCUAUCUUGGGUGAAAUGAUGAAUCAUGAGUACUAUGCUAUUCAUCAUAAUGAGACUUUCCCAGUUGAGAAAUGGAGGAAAGAAAAUGGUUAUGGUGUUGAUCAAGGACCGGAUUUCCAUUCCUCUCGAAUAACCAUCGACGGUAAAUUCAUGGCAGGUAUGGUAAGAAAGUUAGUUUCCACCAGGAUAAACUUGGUCGAACCUCCUUUACCAUGGAAGUGA